GCAUUCUCUUCUUAUUUUCGCGCACUUCUUCCCGGCGAUACAACGGCACCAAUGGAUUACUACUACUUCUUCUGCUUCCUCUUGCUCCUCAGGGCAUCCCUCCUCCUUGCAGCCGCCUCCACCGACUUCAGCCCCAGUUACUUGCUAAAUUGCGGCAGCCAAUUCAACUUCACCGACAACGAAGUCGAAAGCGCCAGUCGAAAUUUUGUUACCGAUUUCACCUUCCUCUCGAGAGAAGCCAACAACUCCUUCCCACUCUCCAACCCCUCCGCCUCCAACCGCUCCUCCUCCCUCUACUCCACCGCCCGAGUCUUCAACGGCACCGCCUCCUACACCUUCAACCUCAGUUCCACAGGCGUCUAUGGCAUUCGUCUCCACUUCCUCCCCUUCUCAACCGACGAUCGGGACCUCUCCGACGCCCGCUUCCGCGUCAUUGCCCAGCGCUUCGUCCUCCUGGAUAAUUUCUCAGUUUCCUCCGACACCCUCGUCAUCAAGGAGUACUUCCUCUGGUUCAAUUCUACCGCCUCCACAAACCUCGAACUCACCUUCGUCCCCGCUUCAUCUUCUCCUAUCGCCUUCGUCAACGCCGUCGAGGUCUUCACCACCCCCUCCGAUCUCUUCAACAGCUUUUUCCCUUCAAACUUAUCCAAUCAGGCUGUAGUGGAGACUGUCUACAGGAUCAACGUCGGUGGUCACAAGGUUACUCCAGCCAACGACACCAUGUGGUGGACAUGGAUCCCUAAGGACGCCUAUUUUUUCAGCAAGAACAUCAGUUCGGUGGAAACAACCAAUCCCGGAGCUAUAUACUACGGAAACGCAGAUGUGACGAACGUUGUCGCUCCAGAGAUUGUCUACACCACGGCUAGUGCCGUGAACAUUUCAGAAGGCAUGCGGAAUGCCAAUCCAAAUUUCAACUUCAAAGUUAACUGGAAUUUUACAGUGGAUUCGGGCUACAAUUACUUGGUCCGUGCAAAUUUCUGCGAUUUCAUUUCACAGGCGGUUGAAUACGACCCUAUGAUCUUCAACCUCUCCGUUGCCAACCAGUCUAAGGACAUCAAUUCAAGAGAUCAUGCUGCUUCCCCUAGCGUGACCUUUUAUUUGGGCACAAGGACGGAGAAGUUGAGCUAUUGGUGGAUUAACAAUGACGUUCUUGCGCCGGACGAAGCCACGGAAAGGAGGCCGGGGUCAGCAGGUGCUGGCAAUCUUUACGGCCUUGAAAUCUUCAAAUUCAACGAUGCGCUAGUCAAUUCCAGCGACAGCAGCAGGAGAAGCGUGUCUGUUGCGGUCAUCGCCUCCGCUACUUCCGGCAGCGCCGUCCUGCUGAGCCUAGUUGUCUUCUUUCUCGUUCUUUUGGCUUGCCAGCGUCGUCGGAGAUCCAAAUCUCGGCCGCUGCUUCCGAAGGAGACAUGGUCGCCGUACUGCCGGGGAAGAACCAUGCCGCGGGGAAACUCAGUGGACCUCUCGAGCAAGCCGACUGAAGAAACAACGGAGCUGACGGCGUCCCCAAGGCUGAAUCUCGACCUCAACAUCCCGCUGCUCGUGAUCAGGGCCGCCACCAACGACUUCGACGAGAGCCUCGUGGUGGGAAGCGGCGGAUUCGGGAAGGUCUACAAGGGCAUCCUCGGCGACGGCACCGAGGUAGCAGUGAAGCGGGCCAUGCCAGGGUCGAGGCAGGGGUAUCCGGAGUUCCAGACCGAGAUCCUCGUCCUGUCCAAGAUCCGCCACCGCCACCUCGUCUCUCUCAUCGGUUACUGCGAGGAGCAAUCGGAGCGGAUCUUGGUCUACGAGUACAUGGAGAAGGGCCCCCUCCAGAACUAUUUGUACGGAUCCGACGACAAGCCGUGCCUUUCCUGGAAGCAGAGACUGGAGAUCUGCAUCGGGGCUGCCCGCGGGUUCCACUACCUCCACACCGGCGACUCCCACACCAUCAUCCACCGCGACGUCAAAUCGACAAACAUCUUGCUCGGCAAAACCUACUUGGCCAAGGUCUCCGACUUCGGGAUCUCGAGGUUGGGGCCCUCCACGGGAGAGUCCCAUGUGACCACCGCGGUGAAGGGCACCUUCGGCUACUUCGACCCCGAGUAUUUCAAGAAGCAGCAACUGACCGAGAAGUCCGACGUCUAUUCAUUCGGAGUGAUGCUGUUCGAGGUGCUCUGCGCGCGCCCGGUAAUCGACCGGAGCCUGUCGCAGGAGCAGAUGAACGUGGCGGAGUGGGCGUUGCAUUGGCAGAGGAGGGGCCAGCUGGAGAAGAUCAUCGACCAAAGACUGGCGGGAAACAUCAACGCGAACUCGUUGAGGAAGUUCGGGGAGACGGCGGAGAAGUGCUUGGAGAACUACGGCGACGACAGGCCGUCGUUUGCCGACGUACUGUGGAAUUUGGAGUACGCGCUGCAGCUCCAUGUGACGGAACUGAAGAGGGAACCGCACGAGGACAGCGGCGCAGUGGAUCUGCAGAUCUCCGUGCCGGCGACGCGGCAGGUGGAUUUGACGACCGUUGCCAACGUGGACGAGGAAAAUAACUGGCGUACGAGGAGCAUUAUUAUGCCGUUGGAUGCGUCGGGCAGCAACGUGUUCUCCCAAUUGGUCUCCAGCGAGGGAAGAUGAAUAUCAUGAUCGGUCGGAUUAGAGCAUCUCCCAUGGAGCUAUUCUGAAAAAUCUCUACAAACAUGCAUAACUGGAGAUCAAACAGUUAAUAUCUGAGUAAGAACUUGAUACCCUGCAUUGUAGUCC